ACAAACAGACGGACCUCGAUCGUUUUCAGCUUAAAAUUACUACGUAUAACAGUACAUAAUGCGUAUAAAACAAAAUUGCAUUUAAGAACUUAUGUUUAUGUUUUUGCAAUCGAAAAUAAUACAUCGUCGUAUUAUACGUAUUCGUCGUCCUGGACUGCCACAUAAAUCAACGACAUAAAUCAACCAGAUAAUGUCGGGCACAGUACGUGAGUCUCCUUCAGAUUUUAGAAAUGGCGAUUUGAUAAGUCGUUUAUUAGCGGCCACGCCACCGUAUCAGACCAAUUCUACGUUUGUACCGCCGGGAUUAUAUUUUAGCGAAAUGCUGAAAAGAUUCGUACAAGCAAAAUCUUGUACACCCUUAUCCUUAAAUAAAAGAGGACGAAAACGGACCUGGAAGGAUAGUGGAAAGGCUGAACAAUUAUCUGAAACUAAGCAAAAGAAAAUGGAUUUCGUACCAAUACCACCACCUGCACAAACAGAACCACAAUUUCCAUUAUGGUACCCACCAUUUUAUCCACCUACUUACCCACCGGUCUAUUUUAAGACUCCAGAAGCGGAACCAUUAAACUUACAAAUACGUUCAGAUCCGCUAAAGCAGGAUAGACAUUAUUCUGCAUUCCGUGUACCCGAACCGUCAAAAGUGGAAGAACACGAAAAUAUUAACAAUAAACAAGGAACGAGUUAUUUGAUGGGAAACUUGACGAAAAUAUAUAAGCAAGUGGCACCAGAGGAAGAAAAAAUUAUUGAUGUGGAGGGUGAUGGUCCUGAAACAGCGCAACCCGAAGGUGGCGAAAAAAAGAAUUGUAAAGAUUUAACGGCUCUAAUUGGAUUAGAAUUAGUUGUAGAUUACGUCAAACACGGAAAUAAUAAAGACGGGCAAAACGAUCAAAAUGUGAAGUGUUGCCAAAACGCGUAGUUCAAAUGUUAUAUUAUCACCACUCUUUAAUCAAACAAAAAUUGUUAUGUACUUUCAGUGAAUAUUAUAUAUUUAUAUAUAUUAUGUGGUUUUAGCUCUUUAUGUACAUUAAUGAUGUUAAAAUUUAAUUUAGUUAUUCUUCAUUAGUAUCAAAUUAUAUUAUAGAAUAAUAAUUAAUAGUUUAGUUAGACGUAAAAACAUGAUAGGAGUACCUAUAUUAUACGUAUAUUUAUUGAGAAAAACAAAUUUUGAUAUUCUGGUCCUCAUUUAUUAUAACAAAAAAUGAUACAAUUUUAUUAACGAACAUCAUAGUUUAAGUGUGUUUAGGCAUUAAAUAUUAAU